AUGAAGCUCAUCGAUUUCUUGGGCCCUGCAUCGCCUCCCAUCGGCAGCGACGUACCAAAGAGUCGCGACGAAGGGGCCGGAGAUAUUUCACCUGCAAUGGUUGUGGUGGUGGCUCGCGAAUUCUUCCCCCUGGCGCCUGAUCAGAACAUGAAGGAAGUCGGCGACCCUCUUCGAGGAAUCGUUCCCACCCAACGUAAGCGAAAAUCCGUGGCCUCGCUCGCCGACGCUGAAAGCUUAAUCGUGGAGAAGAAGGCGAAGUACAAAAGAACGCGGAAGGGAAAGGGAGAGGACUCAGGAUGUGACACCGAGGGAGUGUCCACAGAGUUGGGGCUGCUCUUCGACCCUUACAAGAUCAAGAAGAAGCUUAAGCAGAGUGAUCUCGGCCACCUGUCGAGGCUCUUGAUUGGUCGGGACUCUGUGAAGAGCCACUUUCUCCGAUGGACGAACGAGGAGACGGUGAGGCAAGUCGAGGGCGGCAAGGGGGCCGACGUCAUCGUGAGGGACAUGGACACGUGCUCUGAGCAUCGACUGGUGUUCGUGUUCUGGGCGUCGUCUGGGUCGUACGUCCUCAAGGGGGGUUGGAUCAAGGAGUUCGUGAAACGGAGGGGGUUGGUGACUGGCGAUGAGGUCGGGAUAUAUUGGGAUCCUAGUGCUAGCAAGUUUCACUUUAGCCUUCUUCAUAAGGCGAAUUAG